GCUAAGUGGUCGCCAUGGAGCUUACGGGCGAGUACGUCGGGUGUGAUGGGGAGACCCGGCGGCUGCAAGUGUCCUGUGAGGCGUCGGGCGACGCGGACCCUCUCCAGAGCCUGUCGGCGGGUGUGGCCAGAAUGAAGGAGCUGGUGGCCGAGUUCUUCGGGCCCCUCGUGGAGCGGGACGCGCAGGGCGUGACAGCAGAUCCGGACGACGCUCUGGACGAGGCUGGGGCAGGAGGAUUGAAAGUUGGAGCCUUGAUUGUACUACGUGUCAAGAUCUUGCUUCAAAUAAAAGAUGAAGACAUCGGAGCACUGCUAUUUCCUAACCGUCACAUGCUAGGACUUGCAGAAGACCUGUGCUCUAGUUGGGGAACUCAUUUAUUUUCUGGCAUUGGAACAAGUUUGUCACAUAGAAAACUUCCUGUUUCUAACAAAGAAAAGUACAAUAAAUGUUUGGGAAUGAAGUCUUGUUUUCUCAUUCCAAAAUACAGUGGAGCCAUUCAUAAUGGGUAAAAUCUAAAUUGACAAACGAGUUUUUAUGUUUGUUUUUCUCUUUUAAAAUGACCAUUGAGGCUGGAUGGUUGGUGGCACAUGCCUUUAAUCCCAGUACUCACUCAGGAGACAGAAGCAGGCUGCUUCCUCUGAGUUUUCUGAGAAUCUCUAAGUUCGAGGCCAGACUGGUCUACAGAGUGAAUUCCAGGAGCUACACAGAGAAC